AUGUCUAAAGAAGAGUUUAGGGUAUUAACAGCCAUUGAGAUGGGAAUGCGUAAUCACGAAUUAGUACCAUUAGAAUUAAUAAUUCAAAUUUCUAAAUUAAACCAAUCCUUGGUAGUUCGGUCUAUGAAAGAUUUACAUAAACACAAACUUGUUUGGCAUUCAACGAUGCCAUAUAAUGGAUAUAGACUGACAUAUCUUGGUUAUGAUUAUCUUGCAUUAAGAACACUUACACAACGAGGAGUUAUAACUGGUGUUGCACAAAAGAUUGGUGUUGGUAAAGAAGCUGAUAUUUAUUUAGCAACUAAUGAAAAAGGAGAUGACUUAGUAUUAAAAUUCCAUAGAUUAGGAAGAACAUCAUUUAGAGCUGUCAAAAAGAAAAGAGAUUAUACAAAAGGUCGUGUGACUACCAAUUGGUUGUAUUUAUCUCGUUUAUCUGCUCAAAAAGAAUUUGCUUUCAUGAAAGCAUUAUAUGCAAAAGGUUUCCCUACUCCAGUCCCAGUUGAUUGUAAUAGACAUUGUGUUUUAAUGUCACGAGUUAAAGGAACUUUAUUAGCAAAUGUUAGAGAAAUAGAAGAGCCUAUUGCUGUUUUCCAUCAAGGACUUGAUCUUGCAGUUAAAUUAGCUGAAUGUGGAUUAAUCCAUUGUGAUUUGAAUGAAUUUAAUCUUAUAUUAAGUGAUGAUGACAAAUUGACAAUGAUUGAUUUUCCUCAAAUGGUUAGUGUUCAUUGUUCUGAAGCUGAAGAAUUCUUUGACCGUGAUGUUGGAUGUAUUAAAACCUUUUUUUGGAAAAGGUUUGGAUUUGGAACUGAAGAAGUUAUUACUUUAAAAGAUAUUGAGCAAACAGAGAAUUUAGAUGAAGAAGUUAAAGCCAGUGGGUUUGAUUUUAAGAAUGAAAAACUAUUAGAAAAAGCUCGUAAAGAAUUUGUUGAAGAUGAUAGUGUUGAUGAAGAAAUGAAAGAUAGCAUUGAUGAAGAUGUUAAUGGUAAUGAAGAAAAUAGUUAUAGUGAUGAACAUGAACAAAAUGAAGAACUUGAAUAG